GGUCGGACUGGGCCGCUGGGUCUUCCUGGUAGACAAGGUGCACCGGGCUGGCAAGGACCACUAGGGCCCAAAGGGGAAAAGGGAGACGCUGGGCUCAUGGGGAUGCCUGGAGCAAGAGGACCUCUGGGAUCCAAGGGCUUACCUGGGUAUAAAGGAGAGAAGGGGUCUCGAGGGGAACAAGGUGAUAUGGGCCUGAAAGGAGAAAAGGGUUCUCUGGGCCUCACCGGGAUGCUUGGGCAGAAGGGGGAGAUGGGUCCGAAAGGAGAGCCCGGCCUAUCAGGGAACAGAGGGCCCACGGGCCGGCCCGGCAAGAGAGGCAAGCAGGGAUCCAAAGGGGAUUAUGGGCAUAUCGGCCCAAUUGGACCCAGCGGGCCGCAGGGACCUUCGGGUCUACCUGGUCCCCCGGGCCUACCUGCCUCAGGGCUCUAUAUGGUUGGACCCAAGGGGCAGAAGGGGCAGCCAGGUACCCCCGGGCAGUGCAACUGCCCCACCCCCCUCAACCUGCACGGCUCCCCGUACGACCAGCAGCCCUUCAGGGGCGUCUACCCCAAAGUACCCGCGAUCUUUGUGGUGGACAAUGGUGAAGAGUUGGACCGUCUUCAGUAUGACAACGCUCUGGCCUUCCGCAAGGACCAGCGCUCACUCUACUUCAAGGACAACGAUGGAUGGUUGCCCAUUCAGCUGACGCCGUUCCAGUCGAUGGAGAACGCUCCGGAUCCGGACGGGUUCUGUGGGGACGGAAUCGUCCAGCACCAGAGUGGAGAGGAGUGUGAUGAUGGGAAUAAGGUGGUGACGGACAGCUGCAUCAGAUGUAAACGUGCGCACUGCGGAGACGGCUACCGCCACGACGGACAUGAGGAAUGCGAUGGCAAGGACUUCGGCUUUCAGACGUGCAAGUCCUACUUACCUGGGUCGUAUGGUCACCUGAGAUGCACAUCCCAGUGCUUCAUCGACUCCACAAACUGCAAGUACUUCACCUGAGCCGGGGACUGGACCAGCGCCGCUGCUGACCGCCUCGGAGCCAGCGGGCCGCUGCUGACCAGAACCAGAACACCUGAGGGACGACACCUGAACACCACAACAACGACAGACUCUGAGGAGAAGCAUAAACCCCCGACU